GGCGCCGCGAGGCGGCCGGGGACCGUUGGAGCGGGGAGGCUGAGGUGUUUGGCCGCGGAAUCGGCGGCGGCGGCGGCGGCCGGAGCCCCCCGCGCCCGGGCAGCCCCGACGCCCCCCGACCCGCCGCCUCCGGGGCCGGCGCCGGCGGAGAUUGUCUUUAAAUGUUUGAAGAAGGAACAGAGUCCAGGAAAGUGGAAGUUGCCCUGAGAGACUUCUCAGUGUAAUUCAGAAUGAUUGAGGAGAGUGGGAAGAGGAGGAGGACAAUGGCAGAGAAGAGACAGCUGUUCAUGGAAAUGAGAGCACAGAAUUUUGAUGUCAUCAGACUUUCAACGUAUCGAACAGCCUGUAAGCUGCGGUUUGUACAAAAAAGAUGUAAUCUUCAUCUUGUUGAUAUCUGGAAUAUGAUUGAAGCCUUCCGAGAUAAUGGCCUUAACACUUUGGAUCAUAACACAGAGAUCAACGUGUCUCGACUAGAAACAAUCAUUUCAUCCAUCUACUACCAGCUAAACAAACGCCUUCCUUCUACUCACCAAAUCAGUGUAGAGCAAUCCAUCAGCCUCCUCCUCAACUUCAUGAUAGCAGCAUAUGACAGUGAGGGCCAUGGGAAGUUGACGGUGUUUUCAGUGAAAGCUAUGUUAGCAACAAUGUGUGGUGGUAAAAUACUGGACAAACUAAGAUAUAUUUUCUCUCAAAUAUCAGAUUCAAAUGGAUUAAUGAUAUUUACAAAGUUUGAUCAGUUUUUGAAAGAAGUUCUAAAACUUCCAACAGCUGUGUUUGAGGGGCCUUCUUUUGGAUACACAGAGCAUUCUGUACGGACCUGUUUCCCACAACAAAAAAAGAUCAUGCUAAACAUGUUUUUAGACACAUUGAUGGCUGAUCCACCUCCUCAGUGCCUUGUGUGGCUGCCUCUCAUGCACAGACUUGCCCAUGUUGAAAAUGUCUUCCAUCCCGUGGAAUGUUCGUAUUGCCGGUGUGAAAGCAUGAUGGGUUUCCGGUACCGAUGCCAGCAGUGCCACAACUACCAGCUCUGUCAAAACUGUUUUUGGCGUGGCCAUGCAAAUGGUCCUCAUAGCAACCAGCAUCAGAUGAAGGAGCAUUCCUCUUGGAAAUCACCUGCAAAGAAGCUGAGCCAUGCAAUUAGUAAAUCACUUGGUUGUGUACCCAGUAGAGAACCGCCUCGUCCUGUAUUUCCUGAGCAGCCAGAAAAGCCACUUGAUCUUGCACAUAUAGUUCCUCCUCGGCCUCUGACUAACAUGAAUGACACCAUGGUGACCCACAUGUCCUCUGGAGCCCCUACGCCAACAAAAAGGUUACAGUGCAACCUGGACGCUGCCAGCCCGUUAGCUGACGAGCAUGCACUGAUAGCAACCUAUGUGACCCGGCUGCAGAGCGGUGCACGCGCCCUGGACAGCCCCGGCAGGCUGGACGAGGAGCACAGGCUGAUUGCCAGAUACGCCGCCCGGCUGGCUGCCGAAGCUGGAAAUGCACCUCGCCCACCAACAGACCUGGGUUUCAGCUUUGAUGCCAAUAAACAACAAAGACAGCUGAUAGCAGAGCUGGAAAACAAAAACAGAGAGAUACUCCAAGAAAUUCAGCGUCUCAGGCUGGAACACGAACAAGCCUCUCAACCCACCCCUGAGAAAGCCCAACAGAACCCAACUUUAUUGGCUGAACUCAGGCUUCUACGACAGAGAAAGGAUGAAUUGGAACAGAGGAUGUCUGCACUUCAAGAAAGCAGAAGAGAACUGAUGGUGCAGCUUGAAGGGCUGAUGAAACUGCUCAAAGAAGAAGAGCAAAAACAGGCAGCGCAAGCAGCAGGCUCGGCGCAGCCCUCGCCCACCCACGGAGCCGGCCGCCCCAUGCCCCUGCCCCUCAGAUCCACCUCCGCCGGCUCCACCCCGACGCACGCCCCGCAGGACUCGCUCGCAGGUGUCGGGGGAGAUGUGCAGGAAGCUUUCACUCAAGGUACCAGGAGGAACCUCCGCAACGACCUGCUGGUGGCCGCCGACUCCAUCACCAACACCAUGUCAUCGCUGGUGAAGGAGCUUCACUCAGCAGAGGAAGAAGAAGAAGAAGCAGCAGAAAAAAUGCAGAACGGAAAGGACCAAGGUUAGACGACCGCAGGCUGUACAGUAAUUCAGGAAGGUUCCCCGCCCGCCCAGCGCGCCGCAACCGUUCAAAAGGACGUUGAGGUUUUUUUCUUGUUAAGACCCAAUUCUGCUCCUGCCGCGGACAGUGGGAAAAUGUCAUUAACUUCAGUGAGAACAGCAUUAUCUCCUAUUUUAUUAGUAUUGCUUCUAUCCUGAGAGGCCUCAGCCAGGAAAUAGGACCCUAUUGUGAUGGACACUAUCCAGAUGUACUAAAAAUACAAUCUCUACCCUCAAAGAGCCUGCGCUUUAAGUUAUAAUAAGGCACAGCAGAUGGAUAGACAAACAGGUGGUUGGAGAGCACGAGAUAGUGGUAAGGGAGAAAGCCCGAGCCCCGAGGUGACAAUGCCUCCGGCGGACCUGAAUAAGAUCCUUAUCUUCCCCAUCUGAAAAGCUGGUAGGAGGGCGCCCGAUCGGGUUUCCACGUGCCCCCCGCCCCCUCCCCACGGUCACUGGAAAUUCGCCGUAGCCACAAUGCCCACCUUUCACCAUUCCCAGUGGGAAGAAGGAGGGUUCUCGAGGCAGAAAAACCUCAUGUGGACGCACUCCUAACGGGCCAGGAGGGGAUGGGGCCUGCCCGAGUAGGUGAGCUUUUCCUUCUGGGACCUUUUCCUUCGCGCUGCAGGUCGGUUGGUUGUAAAAACCAACCAGGAGAAAGUCUUUGGUCCGGAACUUCCCAGUUCAGGCCCAGCCCGUGGUGGUAGCAGGCCAGGUGAAUUGGUCGUGAUGGAUCCGAAACGCAGUUUUGCAUGAUAAAACCGCCGCCGCUGUCCUCUAGAGGUAGUUUGCAAAGGAGAAAGAAAGGCGUUUUGCCCUUUCUGCCUCCCUGCCAUUUUAGCGGUGGGUAGAGAUAACCCGAAAGCGGCUUGAGAGUUUUUCUGAUAGUUUUUACAUUAGAAAUUCAAGUCCUGCCUCAUCUGGGAAACAAUCUAGUAACUCAAGAAGGAGUGAAAUUAUACCAUUAGAGAGGAAGCCAGCAAUGCAGAGCUGUUUAUACUGCUGUGUGUGGCUUUUUCUUAACGUCCCUUUAACUCUAAUGGCUUUGGAGAAAAGGAUGGCUUUGACCCUGGUCACCCCUUAGCCACUGAUGUGGAGACGAGAAGCUCCCCGUUCCCCGAGAGCCCAGCAGUGCCCCCAACGCCCCCAAGGACCGGCGCUGACAAGCGCUGCAUUAGAGACGGUUGAAAAAAAUAAGAGAGACUACUUUCGGGUUCCUUUAUCCCCCAGAAAGAAUGAAAGAAAUUCCUUUAAA